AUGAAAGCUCUCUUAUCACUUUCUCUAUUCUCCCUCAGUUGUCUUUCAGCACCUCAUCAUGAAAGACCGUCCCGACCUACCGCCACCAUCGACUCCGGCGUCAUAAUCGGGACAGCAGUAGUUGAACCAUCAUCCAAGGCAACAGUUCACAAAUAUCUCGGCAUUCCGUUUGCCAGUCCACCGCAGCGCUUCAGCCCUCCGAAGAAACCUGAGCCGUGGAACACGUCAUACGAUGCAUCCAACUACAAGCCCUCGUGCAUUCAAAAGUUUAACUAUCCUGAAGAAAAGCGUAAGCGACUAAUGGCAUGGUUCAACGAACCCCCAUCACCAGCAGCCGAGAGCGAAGACUGCCUAAACCUGAAUGUUUACGCUCCCGCAUCGACUGGUAGAAGACUCAAGCCAGUUCUAUUCUGGCUAUAUGGAGGAUCAUUCGACUUUGGCACAGCAUCUCUUCCGGUGUACGAUGGGACAAGUUUCGCAGGCAAUCAGGACGUCGUUGUCGUGACGCCGAACUAUCGUACGAAUGUGUUCGGGUUUCCGGGAUCCCCUGACAUGAAGGCAUCUGAUAAGAACCUGGGAUGGCUAGACCAACGACUUGCCUUGGAUUGGGUGCAACGCAACAUUGCAGCCCUUGGCGGCGACCCAAAACAAGUGACUAUUGCAGGAGAGAGCGCUGGAGCUGGAAGUGUCGACGUUCUCGUCACGACGCCCCCGAAUCCCCUGCCUUUCCGCGGUGCCAUCAUGCAGUCUGGUCAGGGCUCUAUAUUGGCGCCAAGCAGCGACUCUGCUAGAUCGUGGAUAGCCUUGGCAGACAAGAUGGGCUGUCCGAAAAAUGACACCUUAGACUGUCUCCGUGCAAUCCCAGCAGCGGAGAUUAAGAACGUCAUCGAGCGUGGGAAUCUUUAUUUCGGCCCUGCCCACGACGAUGGCACAACCUGGGCUGCAUGGCCUCGCAGAGCAAGACUCGCUUCCACUGCGUCAAAUUCAAGCAUUGCGAGAGUACCCGUGUUGAUUGGAUCAAACUCUGGUGAGGGACUCACUUUUGUAUGGGGGCAAAAUGAUACGAGAAAGUAUAUCCAGGGUGCAAUACCAGGAAGUACUGACAAAAUCGUCGACUCUAUUCUCGGGCUAUAUCCCUUGGGGUCAGAUGGGAUAUCCAACAGUUUUGAGCAAAUAGCCAUGUUCAAUACUGAAAUGGCGAUGCAGUGUCCAACCAAGACCUUGGCCGACGACAAUAAGAAAGUCGGCAUCAAGACUUGGCGGUACUACUUUGACGCGAGUUUCCCCAACACAGAAAUCUUCUGCAAUAGCAGUGCUUGGCAUUCGUCGGAAAUUGGUCUCGUUUUCGGCACAUACCCUAAGAAGGGGGCCACAAAGUUUCAAGCUGAACUCAGUAGGAGAAUGCAAAAUGCUUGGGCAAGGUUUAUCAAGGAUCCAAGUAGAGGGCCUGGGUGGGAGACAGCACCAAUGCUUGGAGUGAUUGGGAGUGGUGUAAGAGGUAAUGAUUGGAAGCCAGCAACGAGGCCAAUACGGACGGUGAAUGCUAGUAUCGUGGACUUGCGGUGUAAGUUGUUUGGUGAUUUGUAUGACAAGCUGACGGGGGUCAAGAAUUGA